CUAGCGAUGCUCACCGAGGCUCUGCUGUGGGAAUGCAGUCGCCUCUUCCAGGCCUUGCUGCCCUCUCCAACUGCAGGCCGGGCGAAGCGGCCGCCGAAGGCGCGAGAUGGCGGCGAGCGGGAACCUCCUCGCCUGGGAUAUUCCACCUAAAAAUGGUCACGAUGUGUAUUUCUCGCGAGAUAUUUAUGAAAAAUACUCAUUGACUCCAACUCUCUCUGAGCUACUGUUACUACCAAAAAGGCAGACAGAAGGCAAUGCAGGCAUAUCAAAAGAUGUAUCAAAAGAAAACAAGUCUUCUAGCGGGCAGCCUGCAGUAAAACCAGCUGAAGCGGCAUUCCAAUCUGCAGCAGAAAUUGCAUCUUUUCAAGAGCCUAGAGUCCCCUAUCCUUACUUUUCUAGUUUGACAGAGAAACAACAGAGGAGAUACUUAUUUCUGUUGUCUGCAUACUUAAAUGCUGAUCCCAGCCUGAUCGAUCCAUCUGAGCAGAAAGAUCAUUUACAAUAUCUGCAAAUGAAAGAAUUUGUAAGCAAAGAAGUUGGCGAGUUCUUGAAGUUUGCUCAAAAUGCUGCCAGAAGUUGCUCUAAAGAUUAUAAUAACAUCUCAGAGGAGGCCAUGCUUUACACCGAGAAAUUUUUAGCAUCUCGUAUUGGUUAUGUGACGAAGUAUCCUGAAUGCUAUAACCUACAAGAAGUUACCAGCAUCAUGGGAGGAAAGUUCUGCACAGAACUGACAUUUAAAUUGGAAAAAUGCCUUCUUGCUUUGGGAAAGGUGAGCCUUGUUAAGCGAUACUUUCCAAAACUGCCUGCACCAAUACAGUUACCUGAUAACCAUAAAAAUAAGGUGGACAUUGCAACUCCAGAGCAGAGAGCUUCAACACUUCACAAUGAUGUUAGUACAGAUCCAAAUGCUGAAAAACUUGUAUUGAAAUAUGGUCCUCAGGUAGUGCUGACGAGUGAGUCAUUAUUUACAUUGUUGAACAAUAAUGGUAUGAGUUACAGUGAACAGUGGGAACUUCCGGUUUCUGUGAAAAUCAUCUCUAAUGAAGGUUUCAGACCAGUCAAAGUUGCCUAUAUUGAUCCCCCUCUCCCAAAGAAAGAGAUGGCAGUGAGAGAAAAGAACCAUUUGUAUCAUGAAUUUCUGGCAGAUUUCCACAUGACUAAAAAAUCAAGCAUUUUGGCACAUGUUGCGAUACUAGACAACCCACCUGAAGGACUUCUGGGAGCACCACUUGAAGCAUGCCAAGGUAGACGGCUUCAAGUACCUGACUCUAUGGAUCUAGACUUUGGCACUGAUGUGACAGAACUAGAGACGUUUGGUGCUGUAUCUAAGCAUUCAAAUGCUUCUAAACUGGAUAACAUUCCUGCAAAACCUGCCAGUAUAUCAUCAGAGCAUGUGAAAAUGGAAAAAGCACCAGUGUUGAACAUGAACAGUGGCACAAGCUCGCAAACAUCCGACUCCAUCAGCCUAGACAGUCAUACCAAUGUCACAUUGACAACAAAGCCUUCUACACCAGAGAGCACUCCUGUGAAACAUGAAUAUAUGUCAGAAAUCUUAUCAAAGCACCUGAAAAUAGAGAAAGAGUCAGUGUGGGAGGUAAACAGUGAUGUUGGAGAAGGAAGGAGCAAAGGCCCUGAACGGAGGGUAGAAUUAAGCACAGAACAGGAUUUUAAUAGGACUCCAGCAUUAAGUGGUGGUGUCUUGGGUUUGGACUGUGAAGCAAUUUCAUCAGUUAAAGGAUUCAAUUCGAUGGAAAUUGAACCAGAUGGCAAAAGAGUUGUUUACAUCAAAGAUGAAACUCUGGACAAGAAUACCUUAUUGACUCUAGAUAAAGAUAACGUCAAGGAAGGAGGUUUGGCUGAUGUAGCCAAAGAUGAUAACUCGUCCAUUCUCUCCUGCUGCAGUGACACAGAUGAGGAAUCUUUGAUAAUUGACACAGGACAUAAAAAUGGCACUGACUGUGAAUCAGGUGUGGUUGCUUCUGACCCUGAAGCAGUUACUCCUGAGUCUCCUUGCUCGAAACAAGCCCUGUUAGGAAAACUGGCAGAUCCUUCAAGGAUUCCAGUUCAAGAAAUGGCUGCGUCCAAAAAAGAUUGUGAACAGAUGUCUAAAGAAUUUGAUCCUGUUGGGCAGAUUUUGAAAAUGCAAGCUGAACUUCUCAAGCCACCUUCUCCACACCGACAAGAGCAGCCACAGAUGAAUUCUGAAAGAAUCCCGGCACCAAGCCAGGAGUAUCCACCAUCAAAAGUACCUUCUGCUAUGGAGCCCAAGCAAAGUACCACUGUGGAUACCAGUAACUUACCCAAGGUUACCUGGACAUCAUAUUUUCAGGGAUCUCAAAAAGACAUGGUUUGGGAUGCAGCUGAAGAUUGUUUGGAAUAUGAACCUCCUCAACAGGGCAAUCUUAUCUACAAGCUGUUCAGCCUUGGCGACCUGCAGCUACUGGUGCGCUGCCCUGUGCAGAAAGUAGAGCAGAGGCCAUCCAACAAGAAAGCAAAAGUCAAAAGGUACUUUCCAGUUUAUGUAUUGCCAAAGCUAGAAUAUCAAGCCUUCUAUGGAGUGGAAGCAUUAACUGAAGGUGAAGUAUGUCGUCUGUGGACAGAGAGUUUGUUACAUUCAAGAAGUACAUUUACAGUUGGUCAUGUUGAUGCCUUGACUUCAAAGUUGUUUCUGCUUGAGCAACUGCCUGCAGAAGGGCUGAAAAAAAGAUUUGGCGCAUUUAAGCCAGCAAAUUCACUGAAUAUUCUCCAACAUAUACUGAAGAAGGUGACUGGUUUGCAGGAGGGCUCUUACCUAUUGGCUCAUGCAGCAGGAGACUCUUCUGUUACCAUCUAUAAGAGCUGCGACGGAAAAGCCACCCGAGCAACGUACAACUUGCAUUCAGCUCACUCUGCCCUGCCCAGCCUACCUUCUGCCCUCUCAGUUCCGUGGGUGCCACUAGAUCCCAGCAUCCCUCUGCCCUAUCAUUUUGCUCAAGGGCGAGUUCCAUGCACUUUCCCACCAAAGCCAGCAAACCCUGUGAAGAACCAGAAGAUGAGUGGGACAAAAGCACACACAGGCACACCCAACCGCAAAGAGCAAGUUCCCAUGGAAACAAACAACGAUCACCCGCCAGCUAAUCCUUUUCGAAAGAGACGUGGGGCUGCCCAGAACAAGUCAAUGAUGAGAAAUAUCUACAGGCAGGCAAAUCGAGGGUCAAAUUGGAAGUUCUGGAAAAAACCAAAGAUGAGCAAAGAUGAGCCAACUUAGUCAUUUGGAGGAAAUGUAGAGCAGAAAAUAACUUUUUUUGUCUGCAAAUGACUGUACAGCCAUGGAGAGAAUGCCAGGAUGGGCGAACUUAAUCUGUUAAGAAAUGCUGCUGCAAAACCUUUUGACUUAUUUUCUGUAUCCAGUCAAAUUGGAGGAGGGCUGUUUCUAUCAAGGCAAGUGCAGACCUGAAGCAACUAUCUAAUAGCUUGCUGUUACUGGGCCAGGUUGCAGGGAAUAAAUGUGGGGAACUUUCUGAACAUCAUAUUUUAUUAUUAAUAAAAUUAAACCAGCCACAGCAUGCCUUUCGAAACCAGCCGUUGCACUUAAUUGAUCUGGGCCAAAGCAGAUCCAUAACUGACUCUCAAGCAACCCCCACUCUGGCUUCUUUUGGUUUUUCUUGGAAGUUGUUUGACUCCCACAUCACAUCUCUUGGAUCCUCACUUAAACAGCAUGCUUGAAACAAGUACCACAGAUACAUGCAAUGAAUUUGUGUUGCAAACAAUUACAGCCCAAUGCUGCAUUUUAAAAAAAUACUAUUUUAUACUUGUUUGAAAUUGAAGUAGGCUACUCGCACAAAGUUACUUUAAUGCAGUUAAAAAUAAUAAUAUGAUUAAUUUUAAAUGUUCCAUUUGCAUACUCUAAAAGUUUGAAUUUGACUUUUCUCAUCUGUUUGGUUGUUGAUAGUGGUGUUUUUUUCUGUGCGUAGGUUGUAAAAAACACUUGUAUUUUUAUAUCCUGAAAUGAUUCCAAGUUUGAGUCUUGUCAGCUUGGCUGCCUUAGUGUAAUUUUAAGUUGUACAUUGAUAAACUACUUUUUUUAA